AUGGCCCCCGAGGCCCCUGCAGAUACCGCAGGCCCGUCCUCCCCACCACCACGACUUCCAGAAGGCUGGCUUCCUCAGUGGGAAGGCGUACGAAGGCAAUGGUAUUACGUGCAGCGAACGACCGGCAAAUCACAAUGGGAGAUCCCAACCGAACCGAUCCAUUUGACGCCGUCGACAACACCGUCGAUCGAAGGAGGGCCCUCGCAAGCACCGGCACACCAAACAAAUAAUAGCACUCGAAGGAUGGAGUCCGGGAAUAUUAUGGCGGGCAACUAUCCCGCGGCGGACAGUGCGAGAAUUUCCAACUCUCUUGACCCACAGAUCUAUGGGCAGUCGGAAAUUCCACUGCAUGCAUCCGGGGCAUCGAAUUGGUACCCCAACCAGACUACUCAGAACCUGCCCAGUGAGUAUGCGCAACAACCCGCAAAUGCCGGAUACGGGUCGAAUGUAUUUCAAGGUGCUGCAGGACAGAUGAAAGGCGUCCAGCCGGCGUUUUAUGCGAACCAUGGCCAUCCAAGUUAUUCCCAUAAUUUGGGUCAAAGUCUCUCCCCCUCGGCAUGGAGUAACAAUGCAGGUGGAUACCAGGGACAACCCGGCGCUUACAACAUGGGCCAUCAUCCAGAAUCCUUCCAGGGAUUUUCUGCUGGGGCCGCCAUGCAUGGAGUUCAGCCGCCGGCAUCGUGGACAGUAACCAGCAGCCAACAUGGUGAAAUGAACAGGGGGAUGGUUGGAGCUGCACAGCCCCAGUGGCAAGCAGAACUGCAAACAGGUCACCAGCCAGGAUUGUCACAACCACUCUUUGGUUCGUACUCGUCUCCGCAUCAUGCUGAACAGUCUUCGAGGGAAUUCAAUCGUCGAGCCUCGAACGCAUCCCUCCACCAGGAAGGUCAACCCUACCAACAAUUAGACAACUUCUCUGGCCACUCGUCGCAGUCGAUGGUUGAUCCGACCAGAUUCCAGGGCUACACCGCGUCACGUUCUCUAUCACAGCAAGCCGCCACGGACCCUGCUCUACAGGGAUUCUCACCCCUGCAGCACGCGCAGAAUCACUACCAGCAGCAACACAUGAUGAGGCCGCAAUCAGGACCGGAGCUCCCGCACUGGUCCGGCGGCCAAGGCCAGGGAAGUCCUCAACACCACAACCCCCUGGUCCAAAUCGGCUCCAAUCAAUACCUCCCCCAGCAUCAACUCGGCCAUGGGGGACCAGCUGGCUUCCCUGAAACAGCACAUGUUCACCAAAUGCCCUAUGUUCAAUCUGGUAAUUACUCAGAUCAAUCCCCGCAGGAGAUGGGGAGAGCGGCGGGGUCGCAGUCUGUCAGUGAGCCAUGGAAUCCCACGCCUCCUUCUUCGGGUCCGUUGUAG